AUCUGGUAUUCCUCUGCGUCCAUCAUCCUUCAAUUUCUCACCCUUAUACCGUCAUCCAUCACGCGGAGCUGUCAAAAACACCCGCCCCAAUCAUAGACGACCCGGUUACCGGUUACCCCUCCCCCACGCAAAGAUCUCGCCCGCCGACCAUAGUUUGAUGCGGGAAUCUACUCUUUGGACCUUUUAUUCCUUGGACUCCUCUCAAGUUAGUUCCAUUUGCAGGAAUGAGGAUCUGAGUUCACUGAGUCUUGAAUAUUGGGAAGCCAGGGUGAUCCAAGGCACUGUUUGUUUCUCUCAUUUUGAGCCUAGUAAUGGUGAAAUCCUAUGCUAGCAAAGUGGCAAAACGAAAUGGUCUGAUUUACCCCACAAUUGGGUUUGCAUCUCUUGUGGUUUUCAUAUACAUGACCUUUGGAGGCUUUUGGCCAGAUUCCCAUAAAGAAACCAUAUUGAAUUUUGUGGAGAGGAAUGGGACUCAGUUCUUUGUGGAUGGAAAAGCCUUCUAUGUGAAUGGGUGGAACUCUUAUUGGCUGAUGGACCAUGCUGUGGAUGAGGGUAGAAGACCGAGAAUUAGAGCCAUGCUGCAAGCUGGUGCUAAGAUGGGUCUCACUGUGUGUAGGACUUGGGCAUUCAACGAUGGCGCAUACAAUGCUUUGCAAUUAUCCCCCGGGAGAUUUGAUGAAAAAGUAUUUAAAGCCUUAGAUCAUGUAAUUGCAGAAGCUAGACAACAUGGAAUUAGGCUGAUACUCUGUUUAGUUAACAACUUGCAAGCUUAUGGUGGGAAGAAUCAAUAUGUUAAAUGGGCAUGGGAAGAAGGUGUUGGUUUAAGCUCCUCUAAUGAUUCAUUCUUCUAUGAUCCAACCAUCCGUCAUUAUUUCAAAAACUAUGUCAAGACGAUAUUAACAAGGAAGAACACAAACACAGGUGUUGAGUACCGUAAUGAUCCCACCAUCUUUGCGUGGGAAUUGAUUAAUGAACCUCGAUGCCUGAUAGAUCCUUCAGGUGAUACACUCCAAGAGUGGAUUGAAGAGAUGUCAAGUUAUAUAAAGUCAAUAGACGGGCGUCACUUGCUGACCGUGGGCCUUGAAGGAUUUUACGGUCGAAAAAGCAGCGGGCAAAAGCUUACACUUAAUCCUAAUUAUGGGGCCUCCGAUCUUGGAACAGACUUCAUUCGCAAUAAUAAGCUGUCAACUGUGGAUUUUGCAUCUGUCCAUAUAUACCCCGACCAUUGGGUCAAGAAUCGAAGCUUUGAUUACAAAUUGGAGUUUGCAAGGAAAUGGGUACUCUCUCACAUUGAAGACUGUGAAAAAGAACUGAGGAAACCGGUUAUGUUCACCGAGUUUGGGCUGUCCACUGAGAGCAAGCAUUCCAAAGCCUCUCACCGCGACAGAUUCUACAAGGUUGUUCUUGACAUCAUAUACAAGUCUGCUAAACGAAACAAGGCAGGUGCCGGUUCGCUUUUCUGGCAGUUUGUUGUUGAAGGAAUGCAAGAGUACAAUGAUGAGUUUGGGUUUGUUCCUUGGGAGAGGCCCUCAACAUAUAAGCUGAUUAUAGAACAAUCUUGCCGGCUUGCCAAAGUUCACGGCAAUCACCAUAUGAAAUGUCCUGUGUAGGCAUAAGUUUCAGGAGUUCUUAGCAGUGUAAGAGGCAACUAUAGUUACUCUGUAGUUAUACAAUGAAGUUGGCAAUGAAGCUCUUUGAAGUUCAUGGAAAUCACCAUAUGAAACUCUUGUUUUUUCACAGUAGUAACUAUUGGCUUCUACAAGUGCACUAGCUAAGUCUUGUUUGGUAAUGGUAUAUGAACAUUUAUGGUAGGUGAAAUAAGUUGCAGAGAUAGCUGGCUGGCACACAAAACUGAGAUUGAAAAUCAUUCUUCUUCUUUUUUUGAUUUACUUUUUGGUGUGGCUGGUGCCAGAUCUAACACAUUGGACAUUGGUCAUAAUUUGUACAUGGUUUUUUUUGAAAUAUAUAGUUGUUGUUGUC